AUGGACGCUAACGAGGCGAAUCAUAACGCGGAUGGAGGAGCAAUGACACGUGUCACUGAUCAAGGCACUGAUGUUAAUGUUGACUCCCAGGGAGCUAUUCCAGUGCAAGGCACGGAGAAGAUGGAAGACGGAGACGGCACGGGAGAUCUAGCGGGGGCAGAGGCUAAGGAAGCGGAUUGUCCAGCGAAGCAGCCGAAAGGAAAAGGAAGACCACGGAAGGUGGCGAAGCCUGCUCCUGCUCGGUCCCGAACGGCUCCUGCGCCUGAAGAGGAGGAGGUCGUGGUAGCACCUGAAGCUGCUGGCGAAGCUGCUUGUACCGAGGAUGCAGCAGGCGGAGAUAAGACGAAGGAAAUGGAGGAAGUGGAGGAGGUGGAGGAAGUACAGGAGGUGGAGGAGGUUGUGGGAGACGAGAAGCAGAAAGAGGACGCAGCAGAAACUGCUAUUGCCACUGACGUGGAAAGCUCGGCUGCAGCAGCAGACAAGCGCGGAGCGAAAGCUCCAGCAGAGAAGAGGGCGACGAGAGGCAGAAAGAGAGCAACCGGGAAUGAAGCAGGCAGCAGCAGCUGCAACAGUGGCUUGGACGCAGUUGCUUUGGCUGCAGACGCACCUGUUCACGUGAGUCUUUCUCCCGAGAAGGAAGUCAAGACGGUUGUUGUGACUGUUAGCACUGGUGAUGCUUUUGGAACGUCCUCCCCUGUACGUGUGGGUGGAGCAUCGGCUGCUGCUGCGGCUGAGGGUGGUGGUAAUGAUACGACUGUUGGUGCAUCCGCUGACUUGGCUCCAUUGGAAUCCGCUGGCCAAAUGGCCGCUGACGCGGAGGGCGAGAAGGACGAGGAGGAAGUCAAGGAGGGGGAGGAAGUAAAGGAAGGCGAGGAAGGGAAGGAGGAGGAAGGGGAGGAAGCGAAGGAAGUGAAGGAAGGGGAGGAAGGGAAGGAGGAGGAAUUGGAGGAAGCGAAGGAAGUGAAGGAAGGGGAGGAAGGGACUGAAGCGGACGACAGUAUGGAGGUGUGUGAGGAGGUGAAAAUGGUGGCAGAGGAGACUCUAGUGGAGCCUGCAGCAUUUGGAGCCAUUCAGCAUGCAGAGCCUGAGGACCUAAACGAAGCAGCUAUUGGUGAAGAUGAAUCCGCGACCGUGCUGCCAGUAUCGGAUGUUGGUGUGGAGGUGGCAGCAGCAGCCAGUCCAGGAGAGGAGCUCGGUGGCCUUGGUAAGGCAAUGCGUGAAGAGGAAGUUGAGACUGCGCUGGGGGUUGAGUCUGGCAGUCCAGCUCUUGCUGACGAGAAGCAGGCAGUCGAGGGGGUUACAGAGGCGGCUGCGGUUGUUGAGGAGGGAGAAGUGGAGACUGCAGAGGAGAUGCAGGAGAAGGAUGAUGCAAGGGUCGCAGCUUCUGACCCUGUGCAACCACCUGAAGGGACGGUAGACACGGAAGACAUGGAAGCCGCGGAAUGCCAAGCGGGUGCUGCUGAGUGUGAGGAGAGGACUGCGCGUGAUGCUGAGCUGGGAGUGCUGCCGACGGGAGAGUCUGGCGCAGUAGUAACUAAGCCACGGAGGGCCGCGAGUGGCUGCUGUGUUGGCGGUUAUGCGGAAGCAGAUGAGAGGCUCAGAGUUCCAAGGGAGGAUGUAGCGCCAGAAGUGAUUGUUGCCGGGCCAACAGAAUCCGUGGCAGGAGAGGAAGAAGAGGAGAAGGCGGAGGAACAGGAAGACGGGAAGGAGGAUGAGGAAGGGAAAGAGGAGAAGGGAGAAGAGAAGGAGGAGGAGAAAGUAGAGAAAGGGGAAGAGGAAGUAGAGGAGGGGGAGGAAGUAGAGGAGGGGGAGGAAGAAGAGGAGGGGGAAGAAGUAGAGGGGGAAGAAGUAGAGGAGGGGGGAGAAUUGGAGGAGGGGGAGGAAGUAGAGGAAGGGGAGGAAGUAGAGGAGGGGGAGGAAUUAGAGGAGACGAUGGACGGAAGGGGAGACAACGAUGCGUUGGGAAAGGAAGAGGAGGAAGUGGAAGCGAGGGAGGUUGUCAGCAUGGAGGUAGAAAUGGGUAGUACAGCAGCAGAGGGUGAUGAGCACCGGAUCGAGGCAGAGGAAGUGGGUGGUGUUGGCACAGAGAGUGACUCGCUCUCACAAGGGGAGAUGGAGGAGAAAUCGGUGUUGGGAAUAGACGGAGGCGAGGAGGACAGUCCUGGAAUGUCGGAGUCCAUUGAACCCGGUGCGGAUGCUGCUGUUUCGGAAACGCCUGAAGCUGACGUCAGCCUGUUGGAAUCUCCUGAACCUGAGGAAGCUGCGAGAGAAGCUUCUUCACCACAGGCGUGCUUUUUGGUGGCAGAGGGCAUUGAUGAGGAGACGAGGGAAGAGGGAGGAGGCGGUGAUGGAGAGAGUGAGGCUGAAGACAUGGAGAUUGAGGAGGAAGAGGCGGCGGAGGAGGAAGAUGGGGCGGAGGAGGAAGUGGGGGCGGAGGUGGCGGCUGCAGGUACUGUGGCUGAGUGUGCCGAAGGCCUUGACGGGACGCCAGCUCCACAAGGCUCAGAGGCAGAUAGACAUGCGGGGGCAGUAGAGGCGUCAGACGCGUCAGAAGGACCAGAGGCAGCAGAACGGCUGGAGGUAGCCGAGGCUGUAGAGAGCAGCUUGGGCUUGGUGGCCCAUUCAGUUGGCACAACCGUCGCGGAUGAUGCACUGCUGUGUGAAGGUGACUCUGCGGUUGAGGAGGAGGGGGAGGAGGAAGAGGAGGAGGAGGAAGAGGAGGAGGACAAGGAGGAAGGGGGAAAGGAGAGGCGAGAGGAGGAGCAAACGGAGAAUGAAGAGGAAGUAAGAAAGGAUGCAGGGGUGGAGGAGGGGAGGGAAAAGAUGGAGGAGAAGGAAGAGACGGAGGAGCAGGAAGAAAGCGAGGAGAAGGGAACGGAAGUGAGUGAUGAUAUGAUGAAGGACGGUACAAAAAGAGCAGCAGGGCAGCACAGGGACGUCACUGGGGGAGAAGAAGCGUUGACUUCUAGGGCGCAGGAUGCGAAACCGGACGAGGUGGGAUCAACCCCGAGCUUCAAGAGAGAAGAAACGAGCAUUGAUGGUUCUGGCUUCGAUAAAGAGGAGCAAACCUUCCAUGGCUUUCCUAUAGCCAGGGAGGAGGCGACCGUGCACGGGCUCCGGGUGCUACGCAGCAGCAGCAGGGUAGCGGCUAGUGCAAGAAAAGCCCCUGCUGCUAGUGCCAGCAAAGCAACGCGCAGCCGGACAAGGGGCGGAGGCAGAGGUAAGAACGUGGGCAGUACGGAGGUUGCUAGUGCUGCUGGGACUGGCAGGAGAAGGGGCCGAGGACAGACUGCGACUGAUAUGGUGCGAGAGGCUGGGGCUCUUACCUUCGCUGCAGCAGGAGGUCUGAUAGAUGAGGCGGGUGGGACCAACGCUGAUGCUGCUGUGGAGGAUGUUGAUCCGGCUCAAAAGUCGCCUGAUGCUGCUGCGGAGACUUCCGAGGCAAUUCUUAAGUCGCCGGAUGCAGCUGUGGUUGAAGGACCGUGUGAUGAUCCUGCGGAGAUGGUGGGGAUGGGAGAGACGGUGAAGGAAGCAGAGCAGGAGGCGGAGAAGGACGAGGAGGAGGAGGCGAGUCAGAGUAGUGGGAAGAAGCUGAAGGUGGGAAACAAGGAGCUGCGUGAAAAGGGGGACGGAGAGAGGUCCAAGCGUAAAGAGAAGGGGGAAGAAAUGAGGUAUGAGGUUGAGGAGAAGGGGACUGGUGUGGCUGUGUCAGUAAGCUGUAAGGAGAACGACGAGCCAGCGUUACGGACCAAGGAUGAAGCUCAAAUGGAUAGCAAAGCUGCUGCUGACAGUGAGGAUGUGAAUGGUGAAGAGAAGGCAGGAGAGGCGAAGGAAGGUGCCGCAGGCAGGAGAAGAUGUGUGCUGGCUCGACUUAGGGCGCAGGGCGCUGCUGCUGCUUUCGGGGGCACUGCCUUUGGCAGGGGCAUGGUUGAAGGAGCGAAGAGCAGGGCGGAGGGGGAUGAGAUUCUGCAGCAGCUGCGAAAUAACGGUAGGAUGAAGAGAGUGAAGUGUGCAGGAGGUGCGGCAGGAGGAGGUGGAGGGUUCUUGGCGGAGUUGAGAAGCGCUCUGGCGCGGCAUGGUGGGAGUGAGGAGCGGGAGGAGGGGGAAGAGGCGGUGGCAGAAAGGGAGGGAGAAGGAAUGGGAAUGGAGAGCAAAGUAGAGGAAGAGAGGGAACCUGGGCAUGACGUGGUGCAGAGCGAACGGGAAAAAGAGGUGGGAGAGGCGGAUUUGAGUGAUAGGAGCUUCAGUUUGGGUAAAGGUGGUGAGGUUGAGAAGGACGAGGUUCAAGCAAGCAGGGAGAAAGCUUUUGACGAGGACAAAGAGGUGAUGCUAGAGUCGGUGUCUGAUGCUAAUGUGGACGAGGGAGGAAUGGAGGAUGAGGAUGAGGGAGGCAAGGAGGAAGAGGAGAGGAAGGACGCAUGUGGCGACGACGUGGGGAAUGCGGAUGGGAGGGAAGAGGAGCUCGAGGAGGGGGCUGAGGAGGAAAUGGAGGAGGAAGAGAAAGAGGGAGAGGACGAGGAGGAAGGGGAGAUAGAGUGGAUGGAUGGCCAGUGCGUGGUAGGUGAAGCAGAUAAAUGCGCAGAGGAUGAAGCAGAUGCUGAUGAGCCAUUGGACGAUGUGGCAGCUGCGGAUGAUGGUGUGGAUGACGCAGCUGAUGAGGUAGAUGACGUAUCUGAGGAGCUGGAUAUUGCAGCUGAUGAUGUGGAAGCUGCAGGUGAUGAGGUGGAUUCUGCAGCUGAUGACAUGGAUGUCAUGUCUGAUGACGAGGAUGCAGCCAGUGAGGGACAUAUGUCCGAGGGCCAUGAUGGAAAUGAUGGUGAUGGUGAGUGUGGUGGAGAUGACAGGGAUGAGGAGGAGGAAGAGGAGGAGAAGGAGGAGGAGGAGCACGUCUGUGCAGAGAGUGACGAGGUCUUGCUUCCUGCAGGUGAUGAGUUGCAGGAGCAAGGGCGAGACUACAAUGUAGUGAGCGCCAAGGAGGAAGGAGAGACGGAAGAGGAGGAAGAGGAGGAAGCGGAGAAACAGCAGGAGGCGGAGGAGGAAGUGGGGGAACAAGACAACGAGCAAGGUAGUGAGGCGGUAGAUGAAGAACGCAUCGGGCAGGAGCAAGGGGAAUUUGCAGAGGAGACGAGUGGUGAAGGGGCAGCAGACAUGGAGAAUCAGUGUGAGUUGAAAUCCUCUGUGGGUGGUACGGCUUGCAGUGAUGCUUCUGCUGAUGCGAGCAGGAUAAUCAAGGUCCCGCAUACUGCUUCUGAGGCGAAGGAUAAUCAAGGUCUUGCAGCAGUUCCAGGGGGCUCCAUUCCUAGCGAGAUCAGAUCCACGAUGCUGAGAGCCCCAGUCAGCAGAUCACUAGCUUCCACCCCCGGAAUUGAGAACCCAGCCUUAGAACCAGCGAUUCGUUGUGCCUCACUGGUUGGGAGCUCUGCUGCAUGGACAGCACAAGCAGGGUCAGCAGCAGCAGUCCCUUCUGCCGCAGCAUCCAGGAUUGUGGGGCAAGGAGGGAGGUUCGUAGGCGCCUCUCGGAUUCUGGGAGGGGGGCUGCUUACUGGUGGAGUGACAGCAGCUGUUGGUGCUGGCAAUGCGUCUGGUAGCGGUUUGGGGGUCAGUGGUGGAAGGAGUGUGGUGGCUGGUGCAGGGAGCAGUGCAGCAGGAAGUGCGGGAGCAGCGGGAGCAGGGGGAGCAGCGGGAGGAGCAGCAGGUGCAACGGUGGGAGCAGCGGGAGCAGUGGUAGGGUCACGUUUUGCAACAUCAACCACCUCGUUUGUGUCACUAAUCAUGAAAGCUCAACCAGCCCCACCCCCUCCUGCGUCGGGGAAGCAGAACGUCCAAGUGAAAGCGCUAGCAGCGGCCGAGGCAGCAAGGCUGGAAGCAGAGCAGAAGGCGGAGGAGAGGAAGCAGAGGCGGAUCGCAUUGGAAAAACGGCGGGAGGAGCGAGGGAAGGCAAAAGCGGAAGGAAAAGAGAGCGUUUCAGAUGCAGCAACGGGUGUGGCUGGGAGAAAGGGGCGGGAAAGAGGGGUAGCUGUUGCAGACCAACCCCCUGCAACGCCUAAAGGCUCUGGUGGGGUGCGUGUGGGGGUUACUGAUGCUGCAGAAGCACGGGGAACAGGUGUUAAGACGAGAUCCGGAAGGAAAGUGGAGGAAGAGGAAGAGAAGGCCAAGAAGGCCGCAGAGGAGGAGGCGAAGCGGCAGAAGCGGGCAGAACGGGAGAAGGAGGCGGAGAGGCGGAGGAAGGAGGAGGAGCAACAGAAGGCUGCGAAGCUGGCUGAGAAAGAAGCAGAGAGAAAGAGGCGGGAGGAGGCAGCAGAGGCAGAGAAAAGGCGGAAGGAGGAACUGGCUGUGCAGCACAGGAGGGAGCACGAGGAGAUGGAGAUGCGAAGGUUGCAAGAGGCCAGAAAAGGGGUGACUCAAGACCCAGCAGCACCGCCACCAGCAGCAGCAGCAGCAGCAGGGCAGGCUAGAAACUCCCACGCACCUUCCUAUCGUCCCUCUACCUCCAACCCCUCAUCUGCCGCUCCCUCCUUCACCUCCUUUCUUGUUCCAGGCAGCCGGCCUCCUAAGCUCUCUGGUGUUCUUAUAGGGGGUGGGCUUGCAUCGAGAGGCUCUGCUGCACAGCUGCAGGGCAAUGGCAGCACGGAUGAUAAGCAGAACAGUGCCAGGCCUAGUGGGGUGAACAGUGGCAAUACGGCCAGCAAUUCUCGUCUCACUUCUGGAACUGCAGGGCUGCUCAGCACAGGGGUCGGGACCAUGGGCUGCAGUGGCAUUAACAUGGUUAGUUCCAGUUGGGAGGAUGGAAAGGGCGGCGUGCGUUGGAGCGACGUGAGAUCGGGCGGCACAGGGGCCAUGUCGGUCGGCGCUGGAUCAGGAGCGGGCGGCGGGUUUGCCAUGGGGCCUCCUCCCCCCAAGUUCACAAUGUGUGGAGGUAUUGGAGGAGCAGGAGCAGCAGGAACAGCAGGAGGGGAGAGGAUGAUAUUUCGGUCUCGACUCACUGAGACUCUCACAGGAAGGGUGGGGGAGGAUGGUAAAGGGUGCGAUGGGGGAGGGGCAAAAAGCCUCGCUGGUUGCAGUGGUGGUGCAGCCAAGAGUCUUACUGGAGGCACGUUCAUUGCCAUGCCCAAGCCAAGCAGCGCCUCUUUCCUCUCAGGCACUUCCGCUGCUGGUGCUCUUACGUCUUCUGCUUUGGGUACCUCUGCUGCUGGUGCUCUUACUUCUUCUGCUUUGGGUACCUCUGCUGCUGGUAGCUUCACUGCUGCUGCUGCUGCUCCCAAGGUAGUGGUCGCUCAAGGUGGUUGGAUUCGAGCUGGGGGUGGUAGCAGCAGCAAUGGUACCAGCAUCGGUAAAUCUUCUGCUUCAACCCCUCUUCUGGCAUCUGUGCCUGCCAAUCCUGCCCCUUUCUCUGUAUUGGCCCCUUCGUCUGCUGGUGUGGUGUCAACAUCUUGUGCUUCUGGUGCUACUGCCUCUGUUGCUGCUGUUGCUGCGUCCUCUGCUGCUGGCUCUACCACCCCUUCAGCUGCUGCCGGUUCCUCCUUGCCUAGUCCGUCGGCAACCCCUCAGGCGUCUAAGAGUGUUGCUAGUCUUAGGGAGUGGGCCACAGAGAAGACUGGUGGUGCAGCGAAGGCAGGAGCACAAGGGAACGGAAGGAAUCUGGCAACUGGUAGCACAUCUGCUGGGCUUGGGAGUAAGACAAAAGCACGAGGAGCUGGUUCGGUGUCAUGUGCAGAAGUAACUGCUACUGGAGGUGCUUCAUCUGCGUCAUCAGGAGCAGCAGCAGCUGCUGAAAAAGGAGGAGGGAAUGGACUGAAAUCACGGAUUCCUGGGUCCAGCAGAGUCAACCAAGCAAAGGCACAGUUUGAAUCGAAGCAAAGCCAACAGCAGCAGCAGGAACGGGAAUGUCAGGAGACGAGUUUCAGCAAACAGAGAGUCCUAAGAAGCGCUUCCAAAGCUCGUCCUGCUGCUGCUGCUGCUAGUGCUAGCAAUGGGAGUACACUUAAUCCCAGUAACAAGGUGGCUGCUGCUGGUGGCAGAAUGGCUGCUUCAACUCAACCGGGCAUAACACGCGGCUCGGUUAAGCAAGCAGCCAAGGAAAUCGCCUCCAAGCUCAAGUCACCCCCUCCUUCCUCCUCCACCCGUUUCCGCACUGCUGGGAUGUCUCACACAGCCGAAGCAAGCACCCCAGCUUCCUGUACCAUCACUGUAGCACCUCCCGUUACAGUCACCCCUCCAGACAGCCACAGCUCCCCUCCCAGUGCGUCUGCCCCUGUGCUACCGGCCGCAGGCGGCCAAUCAGGGAUGCGGUUACCAAGUAACCUCGACCAUGUGAUUUUGUCUCCUUCGGUCACCCCCAGGAGAUCCAAGAGGAAGCUUGCUCCUGGGGCAGGGACCACUACAGCAGCAGCGGCAGCAGAGGGGAUACGUUCGUAUGAGAUGACUCCAGAUAGGAUGGAUUCGGAUGAAGAGGAUGAGGACGAGGAGAGGGAGCGACGGGCAAAGAAACCCAUUCCUGCAUGGGCAAGGUCGUGCAAUGUGAAUGCGCAGGUGCAGAAGCAGCACGGGGUGGACCCAGAUACUGUCUUCCCCAGCUGCACCCGCACUGUCAGCUUGAGAGAAG